AUGUUACGAUUUCUCGGUGCACUUCUUCUGCCUACACUAGCCUACGCUGCCGUUCAGUGUUACGUCGGCCAAAAACUGUUCAGUUAUGAAUCCAAUAAUGCAAUUUGUGCCCGAUUUAUUCCCUACCAUUGUGCGACACAAUGUGAAUGGCGUAGGAAUUGCUCGUCCCAUGCCUCAUUCCCAGCAUUCCAUGGACGGCGUACAUUCGUCUCAGGGCUACUCAUCAGUUCCAAAUCUCUCAUGGUUUUGUGCUGUGCCUCGAUGGCAACACGACUUGAAACUGAUGAAGCUGGACGUGAAAAGUGCGUAUGGAGAGAUACGGAAUCCAUUGCUGUUCUCGGUCCUUCGAUUCGCACCAAUCCCGUGCUAGCCCCAAAUCACUAUAUCAGAGAUGUCAACAUGGAACGAGAUGGAAUCUCCAGGAUUGAUGUCACUUUGGAAGUCUGCCAAUAUCAAACCGAGAGGGAACACUGUAACAAAAUGAACGAUGCCGAGAAGAGGCGAUUCAACGUGAUCCAACAGAAACUUGCCAAACUUGAAGCUAAAGUCGAACCGAAGCCAGUCACAGAACAAAAGGCCCCAGAAACUGUGAAGACUUUGGGUGAUGACAAACAAUUCAACAAAAAGUUCAAGGAUGCUGCAAGGAAAGUCCAACCUGCGAUCUCGAUUGCAUGA